GCAGCCAGCUUGCCACAACUCCCUGAGACCUCCCAGGUGGCAGCUGCCUCCCCCAGACAGGCUCAUCCGCCAUGACCAAACUGAGCGCCCAAGUCAAAGGCUCCCUCAACAUCACCACCCCUGGGGUGCAGAUAUGGAGGAUCGAGGCCAUGAAGAUGGUGCCUGUUCCUUCCAGCACCUUCGGAAGCUUCUAUGACGGCGACUGCUACAUAGUCCUGGCUAUCCACAAGACCGGCAGCAGUCUGUCCUAUGACAUCCACUACUGGAUCGGCCAGGCCUCAUCCCAGGACGAGCAAGGCGCGGCUGCCAUCUACACCACGCAGAUGGACGACUUCCUGAAUGGCCGGGCAAUCCAGCACCGCGAGGUCCAGGGCAACGAGAGCGAGGCCUUCCGAGGCUACUUCAAACAGGGCCUUGUGAUCCAGAAGGGGGGUGUGGCUUCUGGCAUGAAGCAGGUGGAGACCAACUCCUAUGAUGUCCAGCGGCUGCUGCAUGUCAAGGGCAAGAGGAACGUGGUGGCUGGAGAGGUGGAGGUGUCUUGGAAGAGUUUCAACUGUGGGGAUGUUUUUCUCCUGGACCUGGGGAAGAUUAUCAUCCAGUGGAACGGGCCGGAGAGCAACCGCAUGGAGAGACUCAGGGGCAUAACCCUGGCCAAGGAGAUCAGAGACCAGGAGCGGGGUGGGCGAACUUACGUGGCGGUGGUGGACGGGGAGAACGAGAAGGAGACCCCGAAGCUGAUGGAGAUCAUGAACCACGUGCUGGGCCCGCGGGGGUCGCUGAAGGCCGCAGUGCCCGACAACGUGGUAGAGCCGGUGGUCAAGGCCGCCCUCAAGUUGUAUCACGUGUCUGACUCAGAGGGAAAGCUGGUGGUUAGAGAAGUCGCCACGAGGCCCCUCACCCAGGACCUGCUCAAUCACGAGGACUGUUACAUCCUGGACCAGGGGGGCCUGAAGAUCUACGUGUGGAAGGGGAAGAAUGCCAACACCCAGGAGAGGACAGGAGCCAUGAACAUGGCACUGAACUUUAUCAAAGCGAAGCAGUACCAGCCGAACACACAGGUGGAGGUGCAGAGUGAUGGGGCUGAGUCAGCUGUCUUUCAGCAGCUCUUCCAGAAGUGGACCCUGCCCAAUCGGACUUCAGGCCUGGGCAAAACCCACACCUUGGGCUCCACGGCCAAAGUAGAGCAGGUGAAGUUUGAUGCCACAUCCAUGCACAUGCAGCCUCAGGUGGCCGCCCAGCAGAAGAUGGUGGACGACGGGAGCGGCGAGGUGGAGGUGUGGCGCAUUGAGGACCUGGAGCUGGUGCCGGUGGACUCCAAGUGGCUAGGCCACUUCUACGGGGGUGACUGCUACCUGCUGCUGUACACCUACCUCAUCGGCGAGAAGAAGCACUACCUGCUCUACGUUUGGCAGGGUAGCCAGGCCAGCCAAGAUGAAAUAACAGCCUCUGCCUAUCAAGCCGUCAUCCUGGACCAGAAGUACAACAAUGAACUGGUCCAGAUCCAGGUCCCGAUGGGCAAGGAGCCACCGCACCUCAUGGCCAUCUUCAAGGGACGAAUGGUGAUCUACCAGGGAGGCACCUCCCGGGCCGACAAACUGGAACCAGUGCCCUCCACACGGCUGUUCCAGGUGCAGGGAACCAGCACCAACAACACCAAGGCCUUUGAGGUCCAACCCCGGGCCAGAUUCCUCAACUCCAAUGAUGUCUUCAUCCUUAGGACCCAGUCCUGCUGCUACCUGUGGUGCGGGAAGGGCUGUAGUGGGGACGAGCGGGAGAUGGCCAAGAUGGUUGCGGACACCAUCUCCCGGACAGAGAAACAAGUGGUGGUGGAAGGGCAGGAGCCGGCCAGCUUCUGGGUAGCCCUGGGCGGAAAGGCUCCCUAUGCCAGCACCAAGAGACUGCAGGAGGAAACCCUGGCCAUCACCCCCCGGCUCUUUGAAUGUUCCAACCAGACCGGGUGCUUCCUGGCCACAGAAAUCCCUGACUUCAAUCAGGAUGACUUGGAAGAGGACGAUGUGUUCCUGCUUGAUGUCUGGGACCAGGUCUUCUUCUGGAUCGGGAAGCAUGCCAAAGAGGAGGAGAAAAAAGCUGCAGCAAUCACAGCACAGGAAUACCUCAAGACCCACCCCAGCGGCCGUGACCCCGAGACCCCCAUCAUUGUGGUGAAGCAGGGACACGAGCCCCCCACCUUCACAGGCUGGUUCCUGGCAUGGGAUCCCUUCAAGUGGAGUAACACCAAAUCCUAUGAGGACCUGAAGGCGGAGCUUGGAAACUCUGGGGACUGGGGCCAGAUCACUGUGGAGAUCACCAAACCUAAACUGGACGUGUUCAAUGCGAAUAGCAACCUCGUUUCUGGGCCUCUACCCAUCUUUCCCCUGGAGCAGUUGGUGAACAAGCCUGUGGAGGAGCUCCCCGAGGGUGUGGACCCCAGCAAGAAGGAGGAGUACCUGUCCACCGAGGAUUUCACCAAGGCCUUGGGGAUGACACCCACUGCCUUCUCUGCCCUCCCGCGAUGGAAGCAACAACAACUCAAGAAAGAAAAAGGCCUGUUUUGAGAAGGAGUGGUUGUGGUUGGAGAGCAGUUCCCUACCCUGCUUGCAGUUUCCUUGUUUUCAUCACUGGUAUAUUAGUCCUAUACUAAUUGAAGUGAAAUUUUACCUGUGAGCAACCUAUUCUUCCAGAAUGGUACCUCCAUAAGGAGACUGUGGUCCCAAUUUCAGCUCUUAAGAAGGUGGUCACAUUGUUUCGACCCUGGGGUGUUAAUGUCACUUUUAACCAUCCUGUUCUAGAGCUCUCCCUCCUUAGAAGAGCAAACACUCCACAGAACAUUCUAAUUCUGAGGAGUCAUCCCUAGGUUUUCCUCUCCUGUAAGUUGUUUUUAACCAUGGAAAGCGGGCUGCAGCCUUUUGCAGUUUCACAUCUUUCCCAGAGUAAUGGCUUUUCCUUCUCACAUAUGUUCCUCACUGACUUGGAUGAGAGGUUAAAGGGCACUCCUUUGCAAGAGUUGAAUGGCCUGGGGAAGGGCCCCGUUAGGAAGUUUCACAACACUAACCUGUCCCCAGUGAGAGCAGCAUACCCACUGGGUCUAGAACAGAGGUCAUUUUCACCCCUAUCUGGUAAUAAUAAGGCAAAGGAAGAGCUUAGCUAAGGCCAAUGCCGAGUUUACAAAGUGUUAUCCAGAACCUCUGCCAAGCUUCCCGGGCUCCUCCAGUGAAAACGAGAACUCGGUGCUGCCUCCAGCCAUUUGUUGGUUUGCCCUUCCAUCUCCUUUAAGGUGUAAUGGUGCUGCAUUGAAAUCCAAGUCAGAAGGGAACAGAAAGUGAUUUCACAACCUCAACAAAUGGUUGUUAAGUGUCUGUAAGGAUAAGUCUUUUCCAGAAAUGACAGUCAAACCAACGCAAGGUUAAUAAAGGCUUUAAUUUCACACACACAAAAAACUCUAUGCAUAAUUUAAAAAGGAAACAAAAACAAGGAAAAACCGUAAAGGAUACAGAGGAACAGUUCUGCUAAAACACAGAUAAAGUGCCGCUCCAUACGAAACAACAUAAAGAAUCAGAAUCAAGUCACUCUGAACACAAAGAAAGAAAAUCACCUCACAAAUAACGUGGCCAAAGCUGCCAGCAAAUCUGGUAGUGGCUCAAUCAGGCAAAGUGUAGGACCCUUCCUUCCGUUUUCCUCUCCAUAGCAUUAAGUCAACCACACUGACAACAGGCCAGAGGAAUUGGGAUGCAAGGACAAGCUGAGAGAGGGAGGGGAACUGGGGAGAGGUGUGUGGUCUCACCCCCCGCAUCCGCUCUGUUCUGGAAACAGGCCAGGUCAGUUGAUUGCUCUUGUUUUGGCAUGUGACCUGCCGAACUUGGGUCUUGAUCCAGAACCUCAACCCCUCUAUGGUUUCACCAGCCAACAUGCCUAUGCUUUGAACCUCUUAAUGUACUUUAAGAAAAGUCCAAUGUUACUAAAAUCAACUGCUUAUACUUAUACUGGCACACUUUUUAUUAAAAACUUCAAAACCUCAGACAUAUAGCACACAUGGAAAGAAAAAUUUACUGUGUAUAAAUAUGAUACAACGGAAAAGACUGCCUGAAGUCUAGUAAUCAAAGCAUGCCAUAAAGGAGUCAGUGACUGUGGUGACACACAGCAAAAGAACGGUCACAAAACUCUCAAGGCCUACCGAACUGUAGUUUUCCAAUAAAAUAUAUGUUUUUCAGAUGUUAUUAAGACAUACCAAUAGAGACAAAAUUAGGACUUUGAAGUACUGCAUUCAAAAGACAUCAGAUGGCAGAAGCCCCUUAGUUUUUGUACACACUUAAAGAGAGCAUCACUCAGUGGUAAAGCAAGAUGGGGAGAAGGCAAAGCACACGCCUGUUUUUGGGGGACACUCAUGGGACUUGCAUCUGGUACUGGGUUGUUGAUGUGUCUAAAAAUCUCCAUAUAUAUAUAUACAAGAUCCAAAUGUACUUGGGAGAUCUAGCUCUGUUUCCCUGAUUUAAAACAAAAGACUGCCUAUGGGGGCACAGGGGAGGGGGUGCCAAUUAAAGCAAAGAACCAAAAAAAAAAGUUUGGAUGACUAAGUGCAUCCACUGCAGUCAUUUCAGAGGACAAAGAAAGAAGAGUAAUAUUUUUAUUUGUUUUAGUAUAAACUCUUUUCAGAUUACGAAUGAGUUUACAAACUACUUUUUUUCUGUAUGGUUCCAAACAUCACCCCCAAGCUCUCUCUAUACUCAUAACACUCAACUAUAUAGACACUGUCAAAAAUCUCUUCAAUUUAGAUGUUUCCAAAUAAUUUUCAUUAUACAAGUCUAUCCGUAGCUGUAUACAUGUAGAACCUUGUUUCUAUAGUCACAUAAUGGUAACUGCAGUAUGGAAGAGUAAGUCAAGUCAUGAAUUCACUUGGUGAGGUUUUAAUUCUUAAAGUUUCUCUUUUGGAAGAAUUCUACACUUGAACAAGAAGUAAAGAAAUGUAUAGUCUACUAUUUGCCUCCCAGAGUUAAUCAGCUGAUUUGUAAGUAUCUCUGUAUACUUUUAAAAAUGUAAACACAUUUACAUUUGUUACAAAUGUUACUGAGCCAUUAAGUUAGGCCUGAAACUGAGAGACCAUGGCAAGUAAACAAACAGCUUUUGGAAUCAAAAUGUAAAUAGAAGAACAAUUCAUGGCCUUGCUGCUUCUUGCUCGAUCCUGCUGACACAAAACUCAUGAGUGUGCACACACUAUAAAUACAUUCCCCACAAAACAGUCUAUCUCAUAGGCCUAAAUUAGAGUCAUGGCUACUAAAGGGGCAGCAGCUAUCUGGCUACAUGCAACUUCCAAUUCUCCAUAAUACUAGGUGGUAAGAAUCAGAAAGUUUGAAUUUUAGUUUUCUCUUCCAAAAAAUUUCAAUUAAGAUCAGCUGUCUGCAGAACUAAGUGCUGCCAAGUACCAAUUCAACAUCAUUUAAAGUAAUGGAACCACAUUUGGUAUUUUCAGUAGAAAGGUGACUGUGUACGCUGCCUGGGACUGAAGCACUCUGUCCCCAUCUGACUUGUCCCUUCCUGGCCCCAACACACCAAAUGCCUCAACCCCCCCCCCACAAUUCUGAGCAAACUGAUCAUACUGUGCAAAAAAAAAAAAAAAAAAAAAAA